AUGCUUUCAAGACUGACUAGGUCGACUCCUCCACGAAGUCUAGUUCGGAGAAGGUUCAUUUCCUCCACGCCGUCUCGGAAGUCAGAUGCCCUUUUUGUGCAUCGAGAUACCCCAUACAACAACCCCAAGAUUGCCUUCGAAUUCAAUGAGGAAAAUAUGAAGCGUGCGCAGGACAUUAUCUCCCACUAUCCACCUCAAUAUAAGAAGGCUGCUGUCAUUCCUCUCCUGGACCUCGGUCAGCGGCAAAAUAAGGGAUGGACUAGCAUCAGCGUCAUGAACUACGUCGCGAAUCUUCUUGGCAUGCCUCCUAUGCGCGUUUAUGAGGUUGCUACCUUCUAUACUAUGUUCAACCGGGAACCAAUUGGACAAAAUUUCGUUCAAGUAUGCACAACCACACCUUGCAUGCUUCGUGGCUCCACGGAAAUCCUCGAGACUGUUUGUGAACAUCUCGGCGGAAUCAAGCCCGGACAGACAACUGCAGACGGAAAGUUUACAGUUGUUGAGGUAGAAUGUCAGGGUGCAUGCAGCAAUGCACCUAUGUUUGUUGUUGGAGAUGAUUUCUACGAGGACUUGACACCACAAAGUACAAAGAAAAUUCUCGAUGCCUUCAAGAAAGGCGAAAAGCCAAAACCAGGACCUCAAAGUGGCAGGAAGACGAGUGAGAACUCCGCCGGUCUCACCAAUCUAACCACCAAGCCAUACGGCCCUGGCGAGCAUUGCCUGCCAGAAUUCCAGUAG